UUCUUUCCGCAGACGUUUUGUUUGCGCGUCGUGGGUGGAGUUUAGUCAUCGCGAUCAUCGAAACGCCGAAACGGAAAGAAAAUCGAACCUCUGCUGCAGUGAAAGCCGGAAGAACAUCUGCGUUUUUACGUGUGGUUCCUGUGAGAAAGCGAUUGGAGGAUGGCCGAUACAAUCGUCGUAAGCGGUGCGGACGUUGUGAAGAUCAACAUUUCCAACUCGCUCAACGAUGCCGUUUCCUUCGAGCGGAAGUACAACAAAUCGCUCAAGAUCUCCGAAUUCAAGGCAAAAUUGGAACCGAUAACCGGUGGGUCGGCAGCUACCAUGAAGCUGGAACUCUACAGCGGAGACAGGCUGGUCAGUCGACUGGACGAUGACGACAAAAUGCUCGGCUUCUACUCGGUUGAGGACGGCAUGAGGGUUCACGUGAUAGAUAACUUCGCCUUCGUCCAGGAGAACGUCCAAAAGUUCGAACUCAGCCAGGACGAGUACGACAAGAAACAGGACAGCCUGCGAAGCUAUCUGAAGCGGAACAAGCUGGGAAAGUACAACGAGGAGGAGAUGGCCAAGCUGGAGGAAGAGCGCAAGAAGCAGGAAGAGGAAGACGCCAAAAAGCUGGACCAAGCCACGAUUGGGUCACGCUGUAAGGUGCUUACCAAAGGACAUCCCACCCGGUUGGGAACGGUCAUGUACAAGGGCGAAAUAGAAGGUAAGCCGGGCGUUUUCAUUGGCGUAAAGUUUGACGAACCUUUGGGAGUCAACGACGGAACGGCCAAUGGAAAACGGUACUUCGAAUGUCCUCCCAAGUAUGGUAGCUUUGUGGCGGCUAAAGCAGUUGAAAUCGGAGAUUUCCCACCGGAGAAGGACGAACUGGACGAUGAACUGUAAGGCCUGAUAGCAUGCAUUCCUAAUGGCAAUCUCCGAUCACUCCAUUCUUUUCACCAGUCACUAAUAGUAAUUCUGAAAAUUCUGUAAUAUCACGCUUUGCAUUUGUGCAAAAUAACUAGCUUAAGAAAUCUUCAA